AUGAUCCUGACCUUGUUUUACUCGUUUUUGUCCGUCGAAGAUGGGGCUGCGUCUCUGUUCCGGUGGAGUGCCGAUGGUAAGUACUUGGCGCGCAAGGGCAAGGACCUAAUCUCCAUCUACGAGCUCCCAUCCAUGCGCCUCCUCGACAAGAAGUCGUUGAAGGCAGAGGGUGUAUCGGACUUCGAAUGGAGUCCUAAGGACAACGUGCUGGCGUACUGGGCACCAGAGCAGGCCAACGCCCCGGCGCGAGUUUCGGUGGUCGAAAUACCUUCUCGGAAAGAGCUUCGCCAAAAGAAUUUGGUGAUGGUCAGCGAGUGCCGCCUGCACUGGCAGGUGGCGGCGUUCGCGUGGGAGCCAGCUGGUGAUCGGUUUGCACUGGUUCUGGGAGAUGUGCCCAAGCUGGAGGUCACCUUCUACACAAUGAAGGGGGGCGCGGGCAAGAACGAACUCCAAGUGCUCGAAACCCUUCAAGAUAGGCCCUUUAACCACAUCUACUGGUCGCCGGUGGGAAAUAUCUGCAUUCUGGCUGCUAUGGGGGAUGACGUGGGGCCUCACAACGGUCGGCUGGAGUUCUACGACGUGGAGAACCAGUCAACUCUGAAGCAGACCGAGCACUUCAGGUGUAACUACAUCGAGUGGGAUCCUUCAGGCAGAUACGCAUGCACCGCUGUAUCACAGCCUGUGACUGGUGGCCACUGGAAAGCUCAAAUGGACAACGGCUACCAGCUCUUCUCCUUCCAGGGGGAGAGGUUCCACGAGUUCAAGAAAGACCACUUCUACCAGAUCCAGUGGCGCCCUCGGCCAGCCUCCCUGCUUACCUCAGCCGAGAAGAAGAAGGUCGUCAAGAAUCUGCGGAAGUACGAUAAGCGAUUCGAAAAGGACGACAGGGAGAAGGACCGCCGGAAGGCCCGGGAGGCCAUGGCAGACAAGAUACAGAUGAAGCUCGAGUUCCGGCAACAGGCAAGCGGGCUGUCACGCGUAGCGGACAUGAAACUCCGGCUAGAGGCCCGCAGACAGGAGCUCGUGGACCUUCGAAACGGAUACGACUCGGACGAUGAGUCACACUACGUCGUGGACAGUCGGACGGGGGAAGUAGUAUUGAGCGUGAAGGAAGUCAUCCAGUAAGAGACGGAGGCUCAAGAGAGGGUGGCCUCGUUUG